AUUUUUUAAUCAAUUUCUAAAAACUAAAACAAUUUUUAUAAAUUCAUGAUAAUUUAAAUUUUUAUAUGCUUGGAAGUUGGAACUGGUUUCCUCCAUCAGCUGCAAAAUCCAAACAAUGGAAAAAGACGAGGAGGAGGAUGUUAUGGAGGAAGUGCGAAUUCUACGCGAAAAAAUCGAUAAAGAGUGCCCUAAUUCAAUUGGAUGGAGACUGAUUUCACUUUUGGGGUCUAUGAAGGAGCUUGAGAAACAAGAAUUAGAUUUCCAGUCCCAAUGCAGUUCAGACUGCUCAAGAUUGCAGAAGGAGGUUGAUGAACUUGAUAAGAUGUUGAAUAGUGGUGCAAAUUAUGAACAUUCUGAUGCAUUUCACCAUUCUUUUCAAGACUCCAGUGAGAGACUUGAGUCGGUAAAGAAGGAACUCGCCACAAAACUAAGAGCGAUUGUGUCACUAAAGAGGCAGCUUGAUGAAGUACCAUCACAGGCUGAACUAAUACAGUACGAACUUCGACUUUCUGAACUCAACACUCAAAUUCAGAAAACGCUCCGACAAACACGGAAGCACUAUGAUACAUAUAAUGCUUUAUUGGAGAUUAAAGAUUUGAUGCUCAAAGAAACAUCCUUGUUGAAUUCAAUUAAUUUGCAGUUCCAAAAUGCUAUUACUAGUGCUGAUGGAAGGAUAAAACUCACGAACUCCCUGGAAGGAAUUUUAAACGGGACUCAACAGAAACUUGAGAAGGUGCAAUUGACACAUGAAUUAGAACAAAAGUCUUGCAAUUCUAUUAAAGAAAAGUACACCGCUGCAAUUUCAGAGCAAAGACGGAGCUCUUCUCUCGUGAAGCUUUUCCAGGAAGAAUGCGCAAGGAACGAAAGGCUUCGAUCUCAAAUGCAUGAACACAGGAUAUCAUAAAUCAUUUUCCCUCUGUAUACUUAAGCACAUUUUUGAAUAUGAUAACAUUUUGAUUUUAUAGUUUAACUAAAUGAUCUUUACAUUUCAAUAUUAUCACACCAUUGUUUGUUUGUGUA